AUGUCUACGUGUACCGCACAAUUUGGCGCCCCAAAAACAGUAUCUAAAACUCGUACAGAAACAAAGAAGUUUCCGUUACACCUUACAAACCAAAAAUCUGAAAGAACCAAAUUUACGUUUCUUUUACCGUUUAAACAACUAUUCAACUUAGGCAUAACCGUUAUGAUGUUCAAUAAACAAAUUUUCCUCACGAUUGUGAUUCUUGGUUUCCAAUUGUCAUCAGUUUCCGCGCACUUUAAAUUUGUGAAUCCACCGCCCAGAGGUACUGGGAACUUGACCAUCUCUCCAUGCAGUGGAUUAAAUGAUGUCAAUACAACCUCUAUAACGGAUUUCUCUAUUCAACCCGCAAUAAUUGACAUGAAAACUGGAGACGCAAAAUUAACGGUCACCACUCCCCUCGAUCUCAGCAAAGCUAACGCGACUAUUGGGCAAAAUGGUGUCAUCCAAGCAGUAUACAACUCAAGUGAUGGCAAUACCACUUGGUACUCAUGCGCUGAUGUCAGAAUAGUUAAUGAUACAGCAACUGGUACAGUAACUGGUAAUAGUUCCUCUACUAGCGUUACCAAAUCAUUACCUGUCGCUACCGUACGAUAUAAUGUUGAAAAGCUCAAAAAAAAAACUAGCACUUUGAAGCAUAGAGGUGGUAAUGGCCGUCCAAAGAAAAUAACAGUCAAUAUAGCAAAACCUAUUGGCCAAUCCAUUCGUCAUGACGAUACGUUCUCUUGCCACUAA